GCACCGGCCGGGCGGAUGAGGGGGCAUCCUGCCCUCCACCUGCGGGCAGAGCCCGCGCUGCCGGCGCGCAGCCCCGCCGCUUGCGGCGAUGGCGGGCGCGCCGCGGGGCAGCGCGCUCGGCCCGGCCGCUGCCGCCCCCGCCGUGCCCGCAGCCCGGGACGGGGCCACCCCGCCCGCCGCGGAGCCGCCGCCAGCCCCGGCCCCAGCCCCUCGCGUUCCCCGCCCCUCGCCGGCGGGGACGCGGAUUCGGCCUGCGCGGAGCCGGCGGAGAGAGGGAGCGCGGCCGGGCGAGGGGAGGGGAGAAGCGAGGAGGCGGCGGCGGAGGCGGCGGCGAGCUGGCCAUGGCAGCAGCCCGCGGGCGGAGAGGCAGCCGCGGGUUGCCGCUGUGAUUGGCACCCCGAGGACGAGGAGGAGGCGGAGGAGGAGGAAGGCGCGGAGCAGCCGCGGGGCCCGCCAUCCCGCGGCGGCGGAGCGGCGGUGCCCGGGAGGAUGCCGGGGAAGCGGGGCUCGGCGGGCGGCGGCGGCGGCAGCGAGCUCCCGGGGGCCGGCGCGCCGCGGCAGCGCAGGCGGCGGAGGAAGGUCUCCUGCUUCUCCAGCAUCCAGCUCUUCCUGGUGUCCGAGUGCGCCCUGAUGCUGGCCCAGGGCACGGUGGGAGCCUACCUGGUGAGUGUUUUAACCACCCUGGAGCGGCGAUUCAACCUGCAGAGCGCUGACGUGGGCGUCAUUGCCAGCAGCUUCGAGAUUGGCAACCUGGCCCUCAUCCUCUUUGUGAGCUACUUUGGAGCCCGAGGACACCGGCCACGCUUGAUAGGAUGUGGAGGGAUAGUCAUGGCCUUGGGUGCCCUCCUUUCUGCGUUGCCUGAAUUUCUGACCCACCAGUACGAAUACGAAUCGGGAGAAAUACGCUGGGGAGCUGAAGGGAGGGAUGUGUGUGCUGUCAACGGGUCCACCAGUGAUGAGGGACCAGACCCAGACCUUAUCUGCAGGAAUAGGACUGCUACCAACAUGAUGUACUUGCUGCUCAUCGGGGCACAGGUCCUCCUGGGCAUUGGUGCUACCCCUGUCCAGCCCCUGGGAGUUUCCUACAUUGAUGACCAUGUGAGGCGGAAAGAUUCCUCCCUGUACAUAGGGAUCCUGUUUACGAUGCUGGUAUUCGGGCCAGCCUGUGGAUUUAUCUUGGGCUCCUUCUGUACCAAAAUCUAUGUGGAUGCUGUCUUCAUUGACACAAGCAAGCUGGACAUAACCCCGGACGACCCUCGGUGGAUCGGAGCGUGGUGGGGAGGCUUCCUGCUCUGUGGUGCCUUACUCUUCUUCUCGUCCCUGCCCAUGUUCGGCUUCCCGCAGUCGCUGCCGCCGCGGCCGGAGCGCGCCGGGGAGAGCGAGCAGGCCAUGCUCCCCGACAGGGACUACGAGCGGCCCAAGCCCAGCAACGGGGUCCUGCGGCACCCGCUGGAUGGGGACAGCAGCACCACCUGCUUCCAGCAGCUGCGAGUGAUCCCCAAAGUGACUAAGCACCUGCUCUCCAACCCCGUGUUCACCUGCAUCAUCCUGGCAGCCUGCAUGGAGAUCGCGGUGGUGGCCGGCUUCGCCGCCUUCCUGGGCAAGUACCUGGAGCAGCAGUUCAACCUCACCACCUCCUCUGCCAACCAGCUCCUGGGGAUGACAGCAAUCCCGUGUGCAUGUCUGGGCAUAUUCCUGGGGGGCCUCUUGGUGAAGAAGCUGAGCCUGUCUGCUCUGGGAGCCAUCAGGAUGGCCAUGCUGGUGAACCUGGUGUCCACAGCUUGCUACGUGUCCUUCCUGUUCCUGGGCUGUGACACAGGACCUGUGGCAGGGGUUACUGUUCCCUAUGGAAACAACUCAACUCCAACCUCAUCUCUGGACCCAUAUUCCCCGUGCAAUAACAACUGUGAAUGCCAAACUGACUCCUUCACUCCAGUGUGUGGGGCAGACGGGGUCACAUACUUAUCUGCCUGCUUUGCUGGCUGCAGCAGCACGAACCUCAGUGGCUGUUCGUGCCUCUCCUCGGUCCCUCCCGAAAACGCCACCGUCGUUCCUGGCAAAUGCCCCAGCCCUGGGUGCGAAGAGGCCUUCCUGACAUUCCUGUGUGUGAUGUGUGUCUGCAGCAUGAUCGGGGCCAUGGCGCAGACACCGUCCGUCAUCAUCCUCAUCAGAACCGUGAGCCCUGAACUCAAGUCUUACGCUCUGGGGGUGCUUUUCCUGCUGCUCCGGUUGCUAGGUUUUAUCCCACCUCCGCUGAUCUUCGGGGCCGGGAUUGACUCCACGUGUCUGUUCUGGAGCACAUUCUGUGGAGAGCAAGGAGCCUGUGCACUGUAUGACAACGUGGUCUACAGAUACCUGUAUGUCAGCAUUGCUAUCGCCCUCAAGUCCUUUGCAUUCAUCCUGUACACCACCACCUGGCAGUGCUUGAGGAAAAACUAUAAAAGAUACAUCAAGAACCACGAAGGUGGUCUCAGCACUAGUGAGUUUUUUGCCUCUACUCUCACCCUAGACAAUCUGGGGCGGGACUCUGUGCCCCAAAAUCAACCACAUAGGACAAAAUUUAUCUAUAACCUUGAAGAUCAUGAGUGGUGUGAAAAUAUGGAGUCUGUUUUAUAGUGACUGUGGAGGAGUGAACUAUAUUAAUAAUACAAGGGUCCUUUUUAAUAAAAACAAGGAGAGAGCACGAAUGAAAGAAGAAACAACUGCAAAACAGCAACGGCAACACAGGAAACUUUUGUCUUUUUCUCAAAGUCAGACCCAGCCAGGAUUCUUGAGAAGAGAGAGUCUUUUGAUGGGAUCACUUGUGACAUCCUGUGGGGUGGUGGAGAAAGCAGGGAGCCCUUGUGGCUGGGCACCAGCCCCUUGUGACAGCACGAGCUUCCAAGCAGGGCACCUGCAGAGGUUCAGCAGAGAGUUUGGCACGAGGUGCAGAGAAAGCAAGGUGAUAAGAGCAAGGUGAUAACAGCAAUAGGUUCUUUCCCAGUUGAGAUGGGGCGUGUGGAGCCCUGCAGGGCUGGCCAGGCUGGGUGCUGCUCCAGCCUGCUGCGUCCGCGAUGGCGAAGAGGGAGCGGAGCUGGAGUCCUUCCACCAGUCACACUCUGCCACCAGCCACGAGUCCACCACAAAUUCCUUGAAAGCUGCUGGAAACCUUCCCUGAUGCUGUCAGGGGUAUCCAAGUCCUUCCAGGCCAGGCUUAUUCGCAGAUUGCAGCUCUGUGGCUGUCUGUGAAUAACCGUGCUCAGAUCUCAAACCCAGUAGAGUUCAAGACAUUUGCUCACACUUGCCAAACGUGCUGUCAUUUUUAAAGGGGGAUGAGUUCCAAAUACUUAUCUGUGUAGUCCUCUAAUAAGAUGUUUUUUGAAAUUAUUUUCGAGUAUAUGUUAACCCUUAAAUCGCUGACACUUUUCCAUGAGGAGGAUUUAUUUAUGCUAGUUUGGGCAAGGAUCCUGUUUAAUUCACCCAAACUUAAUGUGACUCAAGGGGUUUGUUUAAUCCUCUGCAUUUUUUAUCCAUACGCCUUCAUUCUAAUAUGCUACCAAGCCAAUGAAGACACAUAAUAUGUUUUUAAAAAAGAGAAUGAAUGCACUGUGUCUCUAUAAAAACAAUUGUCUGUUGGAGAAUUAUAGAUAAUAUGAUGAUUUACAUAAUAUAGUUUUUUCAUAUUCUAUGUGACUCAGUGAAUACAUAUAUAUGUGGAGAGGCUGUUGAUGUUCUCUCCAGUUUUUAAAGAUAUAUAUAUAUAUAUAUAAUUUGCAAUCUAGAAAUUGUGUGGUGGAUGUUUUCUUUAAAGUGUGUGUGUGUGCGUGCGUGUGUGUGUGUGUACAAGAUGAGAGGAAUACUGACCUUAAUCUUUCAGCCCUCACAGUUGGUGUUUUAUUUUUCACCUGAGAAAUUCCACUGACUUUCAGUGGAAGACAUGUGAGGAAGAUAGAAUAAUCUCUCCUGGAUGCCACAUUUUGUUUGUACAUGUGGGAAUAGUGUCCCUCUGGAAGGCUGGGUUAUGGGAGCAGGGACUGGCCAGCAUUGAACAACUCAAACUUCCAUUCAGCUCCCCACAAAGCAUCCAUGCAGGAGCAGAUUUGGCUUGGCUCCUGCAGUGCAGCCUUACCUAAACCUGCAAAAACCAUAGGGAAACUUUCAUCUGAUUACAAGAAACGUGGGGGUCAGGCUUAUUUUGUAUGCACAUUUUUGUUUUCCUAAACAUUCCUGCUGGGAAGCAAUGCAAAUUGGUUAAAAUUUGAUGAGUUUUUUUCCCAGGAACCAGACUUGUUUCUGAUGGACUAAAUGUCAGAAGGGCUUUAAGGGUUAGCAUCAUAAUUAAAAGUUCCUUUUUUGUGUGAAUUUCGAAGAUGUUGUGAAUUGAGGAUGUUUAGAGGAGUAAGUAACCUGGCGUGUUGAGUCAAAUGCUGGAUGUCACUUCCUUGCAGGUGGCAGAGGGGCUGAUCUUCCCCAGGUUCUUGUCCAUUGCUGCAAUGGACACCCCAGAGCUGGCACAAUUACAGAGGGUUGAUAACUUGUCACUCAUGUUCAGCACAUUUUUAGCAGACUUUGCUCUGAUCCAGGCUUUGUAACAUGGGUGUGGAGUAUCAAACUGCUUCCACUUGAUUGAAUUUAUAUGUGUGCUUGCAGCUUAUGCACAGAAUUACAUGUUCAGCAACAAUAAGGGCAGGAAAAAAGGGUGUAUCAAAUAAACUCCAUUGUGCCAAAUACUCAACAAAUAUUGUAAUUGCAGAUAUUUAAUUCUUGGGUUUCAGCCAUGUUAAGAAUCGCUCAAUUGAUGAAGGAGUUUAAGGAAAAAAAAAAUAUUAAGCUAUGCAGUGCCAUUGUUAUGUUGGGUGGUAAAUGAUGCUUUUUAGACCAUUAUAUUGGUUUAGCAUAUCCUGUCUGCUAAAAUAGAGAUACUGCAUCCAUAAAACAAUGAAUUCAAAAAAGGCACAGGGUGCAUAACUGUCUCAUAAAAUAUAUAUAAUUGUCAAGUAUAAGCCUUUGAAAUCAUUCUGUACAGUUCUCUUCAUUCUGCAGAUUUAUUACUUAGACUGCUGUCUUUCCAAAUGUUAGCUCAUAAUUUUAUACUAUACACACACUUUCAGACUCAAACACAAAUGUCACACAAUAGAACCUUUCUAAAAGCCUGAUUGCUUGAAAUUUCAUAACCCCUUUCACAAUUUCAUGAUUUUCCCCUCUGAAAGUCCAAGGUGAAGGAGAAUAGCAUGCUGAUUGGUAUGAUGUAAAACAAACUCCCAGUGCUCACGAGCUGUGGUUUGUUGCUACAGUCAAAAGUCUCCCUUGACCGGAGUUAUAGAAACAGGAUUCCAGGGCACAUUACAUUUUCAUUUGUGUUUUUCUUUGCUUUUUUCAUUUGAUCUGUUCUCUUAGUAUGUGUGGGAGAUGCAGCUGAAUGGGGUUACUUAUGUUAUUUCUAAGCUGUAACUUGAAAUUCCUGCAUGAUUGUUACUUUACUUCUUUUGAUAAUGGAACUCUUGAAAAUCUUUUCCCCCAUCCCACUCUUUUCUUUUUUUUCCCCCCAGGGUUAGGUCUGAUGCCUGCAUCGUGAAGGGCUUUGCUGUCAGUGCUUUGGUACAGAUUUGAGAACAGAGCUUUAGUUGAAAGAAAAUACACAGACCAAACCCUUCACAUCCACACCAGCAGGCAUUUUGGUUUCUUUCUGAUUUCAGAACCACAAGCCAUUUUUGCCUGCAACCCAAUUUUUGUUACAGAAUAACAAAGGAAGAGUGUCAGACAUCCUCCCUCUUCCCAAACUGCGUUAUGGGCCUCACCUGUCAGCACUUCACCUCCAUCCUGCAACUGCCUUAACCAUGCAGGGAACUCAAAAAACAAGGAUGGAGUUAGAAAAACACCCAUUCCCAGGAACAGAAACAGGGCCAUGCUCUGAGCUGUGUGGUCCAGAUCCAGUGGUGGAAAUUGUUUCUUCAUAUUCAAGGGCAUUGAAAUUCAGGGGUUUGUUGAGGCCUCAGUCUCAGCAGAAAUGUUCUUUUGGUGUUUCCAAGCACUGUGUUCCACAUGUGGCUGUCUGCUAAGGAAUGGGAUGUUUGGAAAAACAGACUACUUGAGAUUCUGCAGUCUCUCUGGGAUUGACCAGCUGCCUUGUAUGGCUUCAGGCUGGGGUUUCCUUUCCCUUGCUCAGAUCCCACUUUGGAAUAGCCCCAGUGGAAUCAAAAGGGGACCCCAAUCUAAAAUUGGUGCAGAUGACACUGGAAUCCUUUUCUUUGCAUCCUUGUUAACAAGGUGAUGCAUUUCCAGAACCUUCUUUUAAUACAGAUAGAAAUCAUCCAUUUUUCUGACUUUACCCAACACAUCUUGGAUGUAGAGUGGGACUGAAAAGUCCAUCACUUGAAUUAUCACAAACCUUCCAUUUUUGGCAAUUCAGCUCAAUAACAGGGCCAUUCCCCUCUGAGAUGCACUGAACUCCUCGGUGCUGCUGCUGUUCAUCGUGGUUGGGUCUCACCUUGCUCAGAAGGUGAGAAGGGAAAGAUGCAGAGAGGAAUUAGCUUCCAUUAUCUGACUUAGCUACACUUCAAAAUGCUUCCAAAUUGAACUGAUGGUCUGCAGACAUUUGGAAAGUGAUUGGAGUAUUUCCAAAUGGCUGAGAUACAUUUACUUCUUUUGCCUUGCAAAAAAAAAAAUUAAAAAUUAAGGGAAUGAAUGUGAUUUGAACCCCCUCCUAUCCCCAUCAGGAUUUUAUAUUCAUCACAUUGCAGUGGAGACAAUGUGCUUAAGGUUCACCUUUGUGUUUCAGUCAAACUCACAUUUUUUCUCAAUAAAUGGCGUACUGGGACACAGAAAGUCAACUCCAUUUUACAAGCAGCAGUUUCACUCCACAGCCAACCCACAACAGCCUGAAGCCUACCAGCACUGUGAAGCUUUAGCCCCCAAGCCAGCCACAGCUGUUGCUGCCAUGUGAGAGUUUGUCACAGCUGGGUGUGUUUGGCUUGGUAUUUUCUUCAGGCUUUGGCAUUCUUGGUGUGAUGUUUGCUUUAUUCUUAGCAGGUGAUGUGGGGAGUUGUCAGUAUAAAAGACACAUGCAAAUGCUUCACUGGACUGAUGUGAUAACAGCUUUGUUAUUUUAUUCACAAGGGUUUCCAGACUUACUCCUGCUCUGCCUUUAAAUGCAGCUGGGCUCAUCUAUCCCCCUAAUUUCAUGUGAACUGUGUUUGCAGACAGCAGCAGGUUUGUUGUUGUUCUCUCUGUAGAUCUGAUUAAUAUGUGCAAAGCUCACAAGUUUCCUGUGCACAGGGCAGAGCACCCCUGAUUACAAGCAAUAAUACUGACCUGCUCUCGUUUGCAACAGGGCUUCUGGCUUUUCCUACUAAAUCUGGCUUCACCUGUCUCAGCAUCCCACACUGCUGCUGUGCCUCCCCUGUUUUGUUGGCAGCCAAGACAGAAUUGGUGGGAAUAUAGGCAGCAGUUUAUUAAAAUGGGGACCUUUGGUGUGAGCCAGGUUCAGCCAUGCUUAUCUGAUCCAAGGAGGAAAGGACAUUGUAACUGAGCCGCUCUGAAAGGAUUAUCCACCCUUCUGUGCUCCUGGAUAGCUCUUCCUCCACCAGACCCAUGCUUUGUGGGUGUUUUCUUCCAAACUGACCAUCAGCUUCCUUUCUCUAGCCACAGUUCUUCCUUCCCCCAAUGGCAAAGCACAGCUUGGCUCUACCAAGCCAAUACAAGGUAUCCAGAGUUACUGAGAGGCGUUUAAAUGGGAGCCAGCAGGUCUCACUCAGUUUUACAUAUGUUCAAAAUGUUAUAGUUUGUUCUGCUUAUAUCCCCUAAAUCUAUAACUUCUAGGCUGCAAAUGAUGCUCUCUAUCAUUCCAUUGACAUUUCUAGCCAAUCUGAGUCUUAAUACAAUUGCUUUGCUGAAAAAUGGCCUUUCAGCAGUUCUCAGACAUGAGGUACUUCUUUAUUAACUAGUGAUGCCAAGUGAAAUCUGUGGCCAUUGUCUUCCCUGAGUUCAGGGGAGCAGAGGGAGGCUGUGCCUGCCCAGCAGCAAUACUGGUGUUUCCUGGGGCAGAGUGUGAACAUGGACUGCUUUUCUUUCAGCUUCAGUCUUGCCUUGGCUGCUUGGCUCUUGGUCCCAAAAGGAAUUCAGGAGAAACUGACUGGACAGAGCAAUGCAUGUGGAUGGCUGCCAGAGUAGGGCUCCAGGAUGUUUCCAGUGUUUAUGGUGUUUUGCUUGUCAAAGCUUUGCUUCAGUCUCUAUUUGUUUGAUGAAUGGAGUGACCCCGGGGAUGGGGUCUGUGCAAUGGGAUGAGUUUGUGACGUUUGCCCCAUUUAUUCAGAUUAAGCAAGGUGUCCAACCCUAAGAAGGAGAAGCUUUGUCAUACCCUGAACAGUUUGUAGUGCUGGACUGGUUCUGCACAAAGUUGGUACCUGCAUAUGGCAAGAAGCAAUAAGAAACUUGUCAGCUAAAACUCGACAAAUAAUUUAUAGCAACUUCACAUAUUAAUUUUCUCUUUUAUUUCUUCCUUGCAAAUUGCUGAGAAAACCAAGAAAAUGCCUCCAGUGUAUUUGCAAGGUCGUUUCUGCAUAUCAUCUGUGGUCUGGAGAAGCUGGAAAAGCUUUCUUGUAAUUCAUACACAGGGAUUUGUUCUGGAUGGACAUAAAACUCACAGAGGUUAUUUCUGCUCCCUGAGUUCCCUAAGCUGGAAUUUUCUCAUCAGUAAAAAUAUUUAGUUCAAAAGUAUGUGAUCAGGAAUUGAGUAAGAGGAUCCUUGCUUAGUGUCUGUGGACACACCGUGCUCCAGGACAGCCAAAGCUCUGGCUUCCAUCUCACACUCCACUUCCCAGGAAUAUUCUCUCACAGAUGCUUGAAAUUCUCAGCCUCUCCCAGUAUUCCUACUGGUUAAAGGACUCAUUUGAGUAAUUGCUGAGAGCAAACACCAGAAGGGUAUGAACCCAGACAAAAGUGAAUUGGUAUUGAGGUGAAGCAGGUGGUGUAAAUUUUAUUUGCAAUGUUUGCACAGCUCUUGGAUCAGAAGCAGAAACCUCUGGGGCAUCAAGAGAGUUGCAUAUGGCCUAACAUAUCUUAGUUCUUCCCAAUUGAAUUGCCCAUGGGUGGGGCAGCAAAAGGCAUCUUUCUCUGCCACGGAUAUCUCAGCCCCCCAAACCCAUUUUCUCUUGCAGUAUGGCAUCGCACAAACAGCAGUGCAUUUACCCCUCAGUGCAAACAGUGCUGUGUUUUUGGUGCCUCACAACUCUUAACUGUGAACUUGAAAGGAAGAAAUGACCCCUGCUCUUCACCCGUGACACUUCCUGCCCGAUCAGAGGAGGAGGAUGAUCCCUCUUGGAGACUCACAGCUGCUUUCCUAAACUCUUCCUGCAGCAGGACCAAACGGUGCUCUGUGAUCACCAUGGGUGGCCUAUUCCCUGUGCUAGGGGUCUGUAGCUCAGCUGCAGCCCCACGUUGCCUUCACGGUGUUUUGGUGCAAAGCAUGGUGGGGAGGCUGCACAUGACUGCCCCUGACAAGUGCUGAGGUCUGCCGGUGGUCUGUGACCACCAAAGUUUUGGAGUCUCCACGUUAGCACAUGAAAGCAGCUUCCCUCAACCUGAUUUUGGGGAAGAGCCAUCCCAGAGCAGGUUCAGGGGGAAACUGGAGCAGCGCUGGGACCGCACAACAGGGAGCUCACAUCCAUAGGGAGGAGGGGUGGGAUGGAGCAGAGGAAGAGCUGUGACAUUUUAAAACCCAUAGUGCCUACCACUGCAAAUGGAACGCUGUAUUGUAUUAUAUUAUACGUGACUACCGUGUAAAUAAAGUACAAUAAAUGUGGUGUUCGUUAGGAUUUUGAUACAAGUCAAAUGCAGUCUGCAGAAGUGGUUUUUUCCCUGCUGUAUGUACUUACAUCACAUUCCAGGCACGGGGACAUUUGGAGUCGUGGGAGCUAACAAUGCACAAAUGGCAUUAUAUGGGGCGUGUUUGCAGUAAGGCUGUUCUGGAAUUCCUUUUGCCCUGUGCAGGUGAGACACGAGCACCAUGUGAAACCAGAGGGGAGGGAGUGGGGGCAGUUUGCACAGGCAGGAGGGGAGCAGCUCUUGCUGUGGUUCCUGAGCAGAAGAGACUGCCCAGCCAGUCCUUGGCCAUGCCUCAUUCAUGCUGGAGAAACAGCCAGGCUCCAGUGGCUGAUCUCUCUGUCUUUGUUUCCCUGCUGCAGAGGUUGGCCAGCAGCACAUGCCCUGCCUGUGUAACCUGGUUAUUCCCCACCCCUGACAGCCCUUAGUGGCAGCUACAGAUGAGCAAACUCAAGAGCUUAAAAUUCAAAGCAUAUUGGGAAAGAAGUUCUUGACCAGCUGGCUCCUCUGUGUCUCUGACAGAGAUUGAGGGGCUUGGGGUUUUGGCUAGUAAGAAUAUUAGGAACCUACUUUGUUCCUUAACUCACUCCCUUAUCCAUCAUUCUCUUUCUCCAUAGUGUAAAUAAAGAAAGUAAUACAUUUUCACAAGGCAGGCCUGCCAUGUGCCCUCCAAAUCCUGAUGCAGCUCUCAGCUGGGUUGUUGGUGGGAGUUUCUCUGGGCUUCAGAAGCUCAGGAUUUCUCUGACGAGUGUUUGCAGCUGGGUGCAAUCUUCCAUCAGUGCAUGGAGGGUGCUUCCAUGCUGAUUGUCUUGUUGGAGAACAAGACCACCCCAUGCAGUUUGUCACACCUGUGCUUGAAACUCACCUGCAGAGCUCUGUGCAGGGUCCACAGCACUGGAGGAGCAUUUGCCUGCCUUGUACCAGACCAGUCCAUGGUGUUUGUCCCUCUAACCAUUGCUGUCCUUCACAGUCACCUGGGCAGAGCAGCAUUUGUGGGUUGUGGAGAAGGUCCUUCCUGCCCAGAACAUCUCCACAAAUAGUCUGUAGGACCUGGAUGAGCCCACGUGCCACUGCCCCUUCUCAGGCUGGGGGUCACUCUCUUCCUGCAGUGCCCAAGGGAAAGUGGUCCUCAGAAAGGUCUCUGAACUGUGCUGGUAAUUUGACUGCUGGUAAUUUUUCAAAUGUUUAGCAGCACUUCCAAAAUAAACCAAAACCUGGUUUGGAAAAGGAAAUGUUUCACUGUACAAUUGACUUUAAAAAAAGAAGAGAAGCCACAUGCUCGAUAUAUUUUGAGUACUGUGUUCUGUAUUUUUGCAGCUUAUAUUUUCCAGAUGAGCAGUUUAGAAAUAUGUGAUGUGAAAUACAUACUGUAAGUUUGCUGUAAAUGAUAUUAAAAACACUAUUUUCAUUCUUG